AUGUCCAUGUCAUCUCCCUUGAACCAACCCAAUUUAGAACUCCCAGCGGAAAUCACCCUCCAGCCCCCGCUCACCCGGCGCGGCACCGGACCGGGAUUGAUCCUCGUUGUGCCGCCCAAGGCGGAACUCGACCUUGUCAACCGGAAACUACGAGAACUCCCUUCUGAUCAAAAUGAGUAUGGUGAGCGGAAGGAGGGUCACGUACAGAAAACGCUGGAACCGGAGCCGCUCAAGAAAUGGGCUGAAGAGGGGUACGCGGUUGCGCAGGUCACGUACACGUACACGUCCGGUCGAUCAAGUAUGCUCGGUACGCUUGGUACACUUUGUACACCUGACGAGGAUGGUCCCGAGCGUCAGAGUCUGGAGCUUGGCGAGUUGGUUGGGAAAGCGAUUGAGGAACUUGCAAAGAUGAAGGAGUGUGAAGGGACGGAGAAGGUUGGUCUUGUUGUGCACGCGUAUGGCGACAACAGCUUUCUCGCCUCUGCCAUCACCGCCAACCCUCGCGUUGCCUGUUGCGUCUACUACGGCCCCUUUGAACCCGUUGCAAAGACAAAAGAAACCUUAAUCCCCAUUCUCGCGCACAUUCCCGGCUCCGUGCCUCAGCGUUCUCAGAUGGACACUGCAACGUUUGGGGAAGAUCCCGAAAACGUACAUGUAAAAUGUCACUACUACCCCAACCUGAACCUGAAAACACACCAUUACUUCGCCCACCCUUCAUGCACCGUAGGGUUCAACCCCAGCGCCGCCUCAGUCGCGCACACCCGCUCUCUCACCUUCCUCAAGCCUCUGCUGGGAGGACCUUACUUCGACCUGGAAGCCAUCUGGGACGAGCACACCAAGUACGAGUUCGAGGACCGCAGCGUCGAAAAGACCAUGGCUACCAUGGUUGAUCAGCCCUACGUCAACCACGUGCCGACACUAACGGGUGGUAUUGGGAGAGAGAACCUGACCAAGUUCUACCGGGACCAUUUCAUCAAUAGUAAUGCGGAGGAUGCAAAGUUGGAGCUGGUGAGUAGGACGGUGGGCAUUGAUCGGAUUGUUGAUGAGUUUUUGUUUAAUUUUACUCAUGAUAGGGGGGUUGAUUGGUUAAUCCCCGGCAUACCACCAACGCACCGCAAAGUGAGUAUCCCAUUCACAAGCAUCGUCAACAUUCGCGGCGAUAGGUUAUACCACGAGCAUAUCGCCUGGGACCAGGGGACCGUUCUCAGACAGCUGGGAUUGUUGCCCGAGUACCUACCUUUUCCGUAUGCGCUGCCGGAUGGACGACAGCCGGGAGAAGGAGGGAAGAGGUUCGAGUAUCGUGUUCCGGUGGCUGGGAUAGAGACGGCAAAGAAGUUGGUGGAUGAGAAUGCGGUUGAGUCGAAUGAGAUGCUGAGAUUCGAAGUGCGGGAGGUGUCGGAUGAGUGA